AUGGCACGCGAUGACGGCUGUUUGGCAGCGGCAUGCCAAGCCGACUACGAGGAAAUGGCUCGGCUGCUUGCGACUUGCCACCGGAGCCGCGUCCGCAAAGAACUUCUUCGCUGGCUGGAAAGACGCCAGGACGCCGCUGAGAUGGCAUCUCUCUUGUCGUCGAGCAAAAGCGAGCGCCUGCUUUCGGAGCUUCGGCUCUGGCUUCUGGAAGACUGCCAAGAUUCCAGUACCAUGCCGCCUUUAGAGCCACGGCAGGACAUGCCGACAGUCCUCCUUGCCGGAGACGGAGAUCUAGCGCGGCAACUCCUGAGAGCUUUGACCCUACACGAGGACGCUGCUGAUGUCGCCCUGGGCAUCCUGGAAAACAAGUAUUACUCAGUGCGGCUGCAAUACCGGGUCCUGGCUGUUGCGGACCUGGGCAAGCUGGAGGAGGCCAUUGCAUCUGCCGAGGCAGUUAUUCUGGUGUGGGAUGUGCAUCAUCCCCAGCCGUUCUAUGCCAUCAAAGAUGUCAUCACAGGCCCUGAUGACCCAGAGACGGAGGAAGCAGAUGAAGGAACAGACCGUGUCCAACUCUGCCUUGCCGUCGACAACAGCGACGGCUCGGAGGCUGCGGCCGGUGAUCAAGAGGAGGUCUGGUCUUGGUGCCUGGAGCAUGGAUACGAGAUGUUGCAGUGCCCUCUACGCUCGGACGACCUUAAAGCUCUCCGACAUCGAGUGGAAGGAGCUCGCCAGGGUAGGCCACUGGGCUUGCUGUCGGAUGAGAGCGAUGGCACCGUGAUGAGGGUACUCGAGGCCCUGGAAUGCCAUGCGUCGUGGACGGGUCUGGAGCCAAAGGCCCGCUCAACUCAGCGGACAGUCGACGAGCAAUCCAGGCCCGCCGUAGUCGAGCCAGCAGCUGGACUCGACGCGAUCGAAGAUUCUGCGGAUCAAGUCGGAAGGGCUGAUGCCGAAGCCGGUAAGAACGGAUACCAGGCUCUUGAAGCCCAAGACGACGAGUUUGAGGCUGCAGAGGAGUUUGAGAAGCUGGCUGGCGAGAUGAAGGACAUCCGAAGCAUGGCGGAUCAUGCCGCUCGCAAAGAGCGUGCAUGCGAAGUCGCCCUUCGCCUCGCCUCCACUUUGGGCAUUGAUUCGGUAGAGCAUUUUCGUUUCAACGCUGUAGAGCGACCCAACGAAGCUGCGAAGAUGGUGGAUCCGGAUCCAUACUGGUCUGACGCGCAGUACGAGUUGAUUCGGACGGUCGUCGUAAAGAAGCACGAUGCAACCGACGAAGACCAGCUCACGCUGAAGGUUGGUGACAUUGUCAUCGUGAUGGAGAAGGAUGAGACUGGCUGGUGGGGAGGACACAAGGAAGGCGAAGAGACCACGGGGUGGUUUCCGGGAAUCUGCGUGGACCAGUUGGAGGGCUAUGAUCCCCGAGAGAGCCGGCGCCUUUCGCCGGGCACCGCGUCCCAGGACGAAGCGAGGCCGAAGAACGAUGAGUACAUUCACGGCAGGACUGCUGUUGAAACUGGCACCUCCAGCCCUGUUCGCGGGAGUUACGUGGCGUCUCCACAACGCACAAGUUCAGCCUCGGCACAAGGAAGUCGCGAUGGCUAUGUCGACCAGCAAUCCCAGAUAACGGCUCAUGCUGCGUCCCAGCAACUGUUGGAACACCAGAACCGACUGGUGGAAGACCGGCAAGCGCUGAUUCUCCAGGUCGAGCAGCUGAGGCAGGAGAACCGAAGCUUGGAGGAGAAGCUCCGCAGGCAGAGCGACUGCGACAGGCGGAGAUAUUCGCAGCUGGAGGAGAACUUCGUCAGCUUGGAGGCCAAGAACCGCGAGCAAAUGGCCGAGCUCAAGGUCACUCGAGAUCACAAGAACGAACUGAGCGAAGCCAACAGCGACCUCCAGAAGCGCCUGCAGGCCUCCGCAUCAGAGAAAGAGAAGCUUCAGGCAGAGGUGCGAGUAAGAACAGAAGAGGUGCAGACUCUCAGCACCAAGUUGGAGGCGGAAUUGGGGCAAAAGACGGAGCUCACUGAGGAGAAGAAGCGGCUUCUUCGCAGGGUCCACGAUUUGGAAACUCCCGAGCGUCAGCCUCCUUCCGAGCGACAGCCUCCUUCCGAGCGUCAGCCUCCUCUUGAGCGACAGCCUUCCCAGGAAACAACGUCGCUGGAGCAGCCGCCUCCUCCUGGAGUCGUAAAGCAACUGCGAGACGCUUACGAACGAAUGGAACGUUCGUCUACACCAACACCAAGGCGCCCUGCUUCGUCGGAUCAGGGACGGCCGAAGGAGCAAGUCAGCUGGGGCAAAGCAUCUGGGGCCCCUGCUACCAUGAGCUUGCCAACGCAGGCCGGUGCGUCGCGCUGUGGAGGUGUCCCUCGGCGCAAUGUGGAGGAUGAUUCGGAGUUCUCGCCCUUCCGGCGCGGGAAGAAGGACAUGCGCCUUGCCUUCCCCACCGAGGUUUGCCCGAAAACGAGUUCCGUGACGGGCAAGGCGAAAGCAAUGGUUGGCUCCGUGUUUGGCCCACAUCAUUAG